CCAGCUAGCUAGCUAGUCGCUGUCGUCCCUAUUGACGUGGAAAAGAAGAAGAAAAAAAAGCUUGGUGGUAGUAAUUAAGAGGGAGCCGUGUCGCCGUCCCUUUCCCGGCCGACCUACCUACCUUACCUACCUACCUACCCGAUCUCCCUACAACCAUGAGCAAGUUCGGCGUGAUGGUGAUGGGCCCUGCAGGGGCGGGCAAGUCCACUUUCUGCGCCGCCUUGAUCACGCACCUGCAGCUGAACCGGCGGUCGUGCUUCUACGUGAACCUGGACCCGGCCGCGGAGCGGUUCGAGCACGCGCCGGACCUGGACAUCCGGGACCUGGUGUCGCUGGCGGACGUGAUGGAGGAGCUGGGGCUCGGCCCCAACGGCGGGCUGGUGUACUGCUUCGAGUUCCUGCUGGAGAACCUGGACUUCCUCGCGGACGCGCUCGAGCCGCUCACCGAGGAGUACCUCGUGCUCUUCGACAUGCCGGGCCAGAUCGAGCUGUACACGCACGUGCCGGUGCUGCCCGCGCUCGUCCGCUUCCUCACCCGCGCCGGCGCCCUCGACCUGCGCCUCUGCGCCGCCUACCUCCUCGAGGCCACCUUCCUCGUCGACCGCCCCAAGUUCUUCGCCGGCACCCUCGGCGCCAUGAGCGCCAUGGUCAUGCUCGAGGUGCCGCACCUCAACAUCCUCUCCAAGAUGGACCUCGUCCGCGACCAGGUCCGCCGCCGCGACCUCAGGCGCUUCCUCACCCCCGACCCGGACCUCCUCGACGACGACCCGGCCGAGGUCGCCCGCCGCCUCACCCAGGAGGACGCCGACGUCCGGGACGACGCCGACGCCGACGCUGCCGCCGCCGCCGACCCCGCCGCCCGCGACGCCGUCAUGCGCGGCGCCAGCUUCCGCCGCCUCAACCGCGCCGUCGCCCGCCUCAUCGAGAGCUUCGGCAUGGUCAGCUACCUCAAGCUCGACGUCCAGGACGAGGACAGCGUCGCCGGCAUCCUCAGCUACAUCGACGACUGCAUCCAGUACCACGAGGCCCAGGAGCCCCGCGAGCUCAAGGACAACGAGUUCGACGACGACGACGAGAUGGACGGCUGAGCCGGGUCGCGUGGGCUGUCUCCGCCACGCCGAGAGAGCCAGGGGGCGAAGGGGAGAGGCGGCGUAUAGAGAGAGAGGGGGAGAGCAUCGGAUGGUUGGUUGGUUGGCUGUCCGCGGAGUCUUGUUCUCUUUGUAAAUCCCCGAUUCCGGGGGGCGGAGUAUAAUAGGGUUGCGUUCCACGAGAGAAUUGAAGGGGUAAAGGAAAGGGAUACACCUAUAGAAUGUAGGCCGUGUACGGACGGAUGGCGAGGAAAGGGGCAUUUGGUUGUGUAUACUCACAUAGCGACGGCGUUUACAUGCAUACGUGCUUAUUAGUUCAGGAGAGAACAUGGAGAGGGGCAUGUAUAACCCCUUCAGGAGUGGGCAUCGAGAUAGGGGAGGAGGGACGGCGACCUCGGGGGUAGUCCUGUCUCGCCUCUCCUUUUACUGAAUCGCAUUUUGAUGACACGAGGCCUAGGCACCAGUCACAACAUGCACGAUGUCGACGGGAGGCUGCUCCAGUUUCCGUCUUUGUGUGGUGGAAUUGGAUCGGUGUUCGUGCCAUGGCUAUCCCCUAUCAUCAGCUUGGCCGCGCGCCCCCCCCUCCUCCCCCCCUUCUCCCGCGGUAGACGGCGGGGAGGCAGCUCUUGUUUUUGGUUCUUCUCUCCAUCAUCAAUUCGUGACCCUCCCUGUAACCCUUGCCUAACCUGCUGUACUCCCUAGACGUGACGUGACGCGACAUGGAAACCCUACAGAC